GUGCCUGCAGAGAGCGUACUCGAGGGCCCUGUGGUGUGUGUCAACCCUCUUAAAGACUGUGGCUCUAUGGAGAUUUCAGUGGACGUCUGCAGCUCAGAGAGUGCUGCUUGUCUGACUAUGAGGAACUGAAGCCACGGCAUUAAAUCAGCAAGAACAUCUACUAGUUAAAAUAAGAAAGGACGUAUGUGAGGAGGAGUGGAGCCGCGGCCGUCUUCCACUGGUGGGGGACAGGAGUGGUGAACCGAGGACUCUUGACCUCAGCAGCGCGCGGGAAGCCAGACGGCUCAGUGCGUUGGCUGAAGGCGCAGCCGAGGACCUCUCACACUGAGCUGUGGCUCCAGGAAUCCAGGUUCUACUAGUAUGGAGUCACGCUGGACUCUAACUGGCUCCCAAACAGUGUCGCCCGCUGCGGAGCGCCUGCGCCACAUCCUGGGGGACGACGACGGCUCCCCGACGCCCACGCUCUUCACGGAGAUGGACACGCUGCAGCACGAGGGGGGGGAGUUAGAGUGGAAGGAGUCUGCCAGGUGGGUCAAGUUUGAGGAGAAGGUGGAGGAGGGAGGAGAGCGAUGGAGCAAGCCCCACGUGUCCACGCUGACGCUGCACAGCCUGUUUGAGCUCAGGACCUGUCUGCAGACAGGAAGCAUCCUGCUCGACCUGCCGGGCUUCUCUCUGCCACAGAUCGUGGAUGAGGUCGUGGAUCGGCAGAUCGCCGACGGUCUCACCGCUCCGGACCUGAAGGAGAAGAUCAGUUUUGUGUUGCUCAGGAAGCACCGUCACCAGACCAAGAAGCCGAUCCACCGCUCGCUGGCCGACAUUGGGAAGUCGUCCACCACUGCUUCCAACCGUAGUCCUCAGAUUAAUCUCAGUCGUAGCACUAGCUCAGCUUCUGGGAUCCACCGCUCCACAGACGACCUGCGCUCUCGGCAGUCGAGCAACCUUGGCCGCCUGCAUCACUCCCAGAGCCGAAGCAUGAACGAUAUUUCAGACACGCCGAGCACCGACCAGCUGAAGAACAAGUUCAUGAAGAAGAUCCCGCGUGAUGCCGAGGCCUCCAACGUCCUGAUCGGUGAGGUGGACUUUCUGGACAAGCCCUUCGUCUCCUUCGUGCGCUUGGCUCAGGCCACGACGCUGGGAGGCCUCACCGAGGUUCCCGUGCCAACCAGGUUUCUCUUCAUCCUGCUCGGUCCCCCCGGGAAAACCAAGGCGUACAACGAGAUCGGACGAGCGAUCGCCACGCUGAUGGUGGACGACCUGUUUAGUGACGUUGCCUACAAAGCGAGGGACCGUGAAGAUCUGAUUGCAGGCGUGGAUGAGUUCCUGGAUGAAGUCAUCGUCCUCCCUCCGGGGGAGUGGGACCCCAAGAUACGCAUUGAACCCCCCAAGAAGGUUCCAUCGGCUGAAAUGAGGAAGUCGGUGCUGAACCUGAACGAGCUGGGUCAGAUGAAUGGCUCGGCUGCCGGAGCCGCGGGGGCGGAGGACGAGGUCCUCCCGGCGCCGCAUGAGCUCGGUGAGGAGCUGAAGUUCACUGGGAGGCUCGGAGGUGGACUGUGGCUGGACAUUAAAAGGAAGAUCCCAUGGUACUGUAGCGAUAUCUACGAUGGCUUCCAUAUCCAGUCGGUCUCUGCGGUCCUCUUCAUCUACCUGGGCUGCAUCACUAACGCCAUCACCUUUGGAGGUCUGCUGGGCGACGCUACUGACAAUUACCAGGGUGUGAUGGAGAGCUUCCUCGGCACCGCGCUGGCCGGAACCGUCUUCUGUCUGUUCGGCGGGCAACCCCUCAUCAUCCUCAGUUCCACCGGACCCAUUCUCAUCUUCGAAAAACUGCUCUACGAGUUCACAGAGAGCAACGAGGUCGACUACAUGGAGCUGCGGCUGUGGAUCGGCCUUCACUCGUGUCUCCAGUGUCUGGUGCUGGUGGUGUCGGACGCCAGUUACAUCAUCAAGUACAUGACCCGCUUCACGGAGGAGGGCUUCUCCAGCCUCAUCUCCUUCAUCUUCAUCUCUGAUGCCAUUAAGAAGAUGGCAGCGUCCUUCAAAUAUUACCCCAUGAACCGCGGCUUCAAGCCCGACUACAUCACAACCUACAAAUGUGACUGCGUCGCUCCAGACCAGGCGCCUGCCUUGGGUUUGAACGCUUCAGCGCCACUCGCAGAUGAUAACAUGACUCUGCUGUUUAACCUGACGGACCUGGACUGGGCUCAGCUGAGUAAGAAGGACUGUGUGAAGUACGGUGGAAUGCUGGUGGGGGACUCCUGUAAGUACGUUCCUGACCUGGCCCUCAUGUCCUUCAUCCUCUUCAUUGGAACUUACUCCAUGACGGUUUCUCUCAAGAAGUUCAAGUUCAGUCGCUACUUCCCCACAAAGCUCCGCGCCCUGAUCAGUGACUUUGCCAUCAUCAUUGCUAUCCUGCUCUUCUGCGGGGUGGACUGGAUGCUGGAGCUGGACACCCCCAAACUGCACGUGCCCACGGAGAUCAAGCUGAGGAAGCUAAUCAGUGAUUUUGCCAUCUUUUUGUCAAUCAUGUCCUUUGUGAGUCUGGAUAUGUUGAUGGGCUUAGACACCCCCAAGUUAAUCGUUCCUACUGAGGUCAAGCCGACGCGUCCCGACCGCGGCUGGUUGGUGAUGCCGUUCGGUAAAAACCCCUGGUGGUGGUACGUCGCCAGCUUCAUUCCCGCUCUCCUCGUCACCAUUCUCAUCUUCAUGGAUCAGCAGAUCAGCGCCGUCAUAGUGAACCGCAAGGAAAACAAGCUGAAGAAAGGCUGCGGCUACCACCUGGACCUGUUCUGGGUGGGCGUCCUGAUGGCUGCCUGCUCCUUCAUGGGUCUGCCCUGGUACGUGGCGGCCACCGUCAUCUCCAUCGCUCACAUCGACUCCCUGAAGAUGGAGAGCGAGUCCAGCGCCCCCGGGGAGCAGCCGCAGUUCCUGGGCGUGAGGUACAGUAGGCGCCUCCUGCUGCAGAGGAGCCCGGCUAGUUUCCAUCCAGUCACAGUGUUUUCCUGUCAUGGUGUGUUUAGGGAGCAACGGUUAACGGGCACGCUGGUCUUUGUUCUCACUGGACUCUCGGUCUUCCUGGCUCCCAUCUUACAGUACAUCCCCAUGCCGGUCCUCUACGGAGUGUUCCUUUACAUGGGAGUGGCUUCACUGAGUGGGAUCGAGUUCUGGGAGCGGAUGAAGCUGUAUUUGAUGCCGUCCAAACACCAGCCGGACUUCUCCUUCCUGCGUCACGUUCCUUUGAGACGCGUCCAUCUCUUCACCCUGGUUCAGAUCAUCUGCCUGGCUGUUCUCUGGAUCCUCAAGUCCACGUUCCUGGCCAUUAUCUUCCCAGUGAUGAUUCUGGGUCUGAUGGUUGUGCGCAAGGUCCUGGAUCUAAUGUUCUCACAACACGACCUGGCCUGGCUGGACGACAUCCUGCCGGACAAAGACAAGAAGAAGAAGGAGGAUGAGAAGAAGAAGAAGAAGAAGAAAGAGAAGAGGGCGGCUGAAGCAGAGAGCGACGAGGAGCCCAACAGCUCGUCUCCCCCCUCAGUGAAGAUCCCUAUGGCAGUCAUAGAGCCGGCCCCGGGCCCCGUCCCCGCUAACCCCCCACACCCAGAACCAAACGUCCCGUUGUCACAAACCCUCACUCCACCGUCACAUCCCAUCAAAAUGAACUAGGCCGCAGGUACUGUGUGCUGAAACUGCACGUGCCCUACAGUGAUCUGAUUCCAGCGGACACAGGGCUCGGCUGGAACAACACGUAGUCACAACGCAGGCGCCUGCUCAGUCCCUUUGCUUCUCUGCUGCUGCGUUAUUUCACCACAUGCUAUACUAGAUGAUAUUUUCUGACAACAUAAUAUAUACCAAGAUGUGUUUUUCACAACAUACAUGAUUUUCUUUGACCACAUACUACACAAAAAGCUUAAUUUUAAAGUUAGCUGGUCCUUUCACAUCACAGGACUUUUACAAAUCACACAGCUGUUCAUUUGGUGAACAAGCAUCUCAGGAAACAGAAAAAGCUCCGUUUGAUGUUGUUUGCGUGAGUGAAACUAACUCCAAACUUACAGAAGCAUGCGGGUAAAGUUAAUUAUCAGUGUGAACCAACUAAUCCCCAAAUAAAUAACAAAUAUAACACAAAGUCAAACAUUUGGUCACAGGUGUAAAACGUCUUACCUGUGUCUCCAUCUGCUGCGUCUGUCAGGGAUAGAAUGUUGUCCUGUUGCUAUAGUAACAGUAUAGAGUCCAACAUUAAGCAGGUGCACCUAUCUCACAUACUGUAAGCAUCAGCAACGUUUGUUAUCAGAGCUGUUCCUUCUGCAGCAGCACAGAAACGGGACCCUGUUUAAACUCAUUACUCACCAAACUCAUCAAUGUUGUCCAAUAUGUUCAGUAAUAAAUGAGAAGAUGUCAGUGGAAAUGUGUUGUUGCACCUGUUGGUGCCAAUACUGACUGUGGAUAUUUGAUGGAAGAAUACUCUAUGAUGUGCAGCACUAAAGGACUUCAAAGUACCAGAUGAAACUGGAAUUUGGCUGAAUAACAUGCAGGAGCAGGAGGAGCUGACAGACAUCUGAACAUCUGGAACAUCAAAUUAAAGACAUUCAGCAGGAAGACCAUUUAGAAACAAAGUUUUGUACUUUUUAUUUGAGUUUUAACAUUAUUUAGGGAAACUGUUAACAUUUGUCGUCUCAAUGAAAAUGUACAUUUAUCAAUCUGCAUAAAACAUCACUUAUACAGUACAUCAAAAUAAAUACGUCAUCUGCUGAGUCGAUUGCACUCAAAGAUCGGUCAGUUAACGAAAACUACACUAUUCACAGGGCGACGUCUGACCUCCACGUCUGCAACAAUGCAUGUUUUACUUUUAGCCUUUUUCACUAGCAGCUGGUCCAGACCUGGGGACCGAGGCCAGUCUACGGCGACAAAUAAGAACACAGCACUGCAUCGCACUCGAGCCCAAGACUUAAUUAGCACUCGACUACAGCUAAAGCCAGACGUGGAGCGGCUGAAGUGAAAAAGGCUGGAAGGGGUCUGCAGGCAGGAGGGAGUCCAGGACAGGAGACAGGAAGCGCGGCCACGGUGGGGACACCAAAGCAAAAAUCAAAGUCCACCUCCACUGCAAGAGCUGACAAAUGAACCCCGAGACCCGUGGGGGUGGAAUUCUCCACACGGCUCCCGGAUGGGUUGGUGGCACCCAAGGUUACCACGACAACUGCAAAUACGUCACCGAGCUUUGUUACAGUGGAUGAUUAGCAUUCUAAAAGGCGUCUGGUCUGUUUUCUUGUGUUACUGAUUUUGAAUCCAUGGUUUGGUAUUUGUACAUUAGU